AAGGGAGGCAUUACGGCCAGGCAGAUCAGGAGCGGUGCCGAGAAAAAUUUCCUUACUAGAUGACAUUUCAUCGCAAUGUCCGAUCGUUUGGGGCAAAUAACCAAGGGCAAGGAUGGGAAAAGCAAGUAUUCGACUCUCAGCCUGUUUGAUAAGUAUAAAGGAAAAUCAGUAGACGCGAUCAGAUCCUCAGUCAUUCCUAGACAUGGCUUACAGAGUCUUGGGAAAGUUGCCACAGCCCGGCGUAUGCCACCGCCUGCGAACCUGCCAAGCCUGAAAUCUGAAAACAAAGGAAACGACCCCAACAUCGUUAUAGUACCCAAGGACGGGACGGGAUGGGCAAACAAGCAGGAUCAGCAAGACCCAAAGAGUUCCAGUGUGACGGCCUGUCAGCCGCCGGAGUCGCUGCCGCAGCCGGGUUUGCAGAAAUCUGUCUCCAGUUUACAGAAACCGACACAGUCAAUCAGUCAGGAGAACACAAAUUCAGUGCCAGGUGGACCAAAGUCAUGGGCACAGCUGAAUGGAAAGCCAGUAGGACACGAAGGUGGUUUAAGGGGCUCAAGCCGACUAUUAUCCUUCUCUCCCGAGGAAUUUCCGACGCUGAAAGCAGCUGGCGGGCAGGACAAGGCUGGCAAAGAAAAGGGCGUCUUAGAUCUGUCGUAUGGGCCAGGACCAAGCCUCCGCCCUCAGAAUGUGACAAGCUGGAGGGAGGGCGGUGGGCGAAACAUAAUUUCUGCCACGUCUCUGAGCGCCUCCCCAACUGAGCUGGGCAGCAGGAACUCGAGUGCGGGAGAUGGAGCCCCCUCCUCGGCAUGUACCAGCGAUUCUAAGGACCCCUCUCUCCGCCCGGCUCAGCCUGUCCGCAGAGGGGCUCCACAGUUCAUGGGGAAUGUGUACCAUCCACCUACAUACCAUGACAUGCUUCCAGCCUUCAUGUGUUCGCCACAGUCAUCAGAGAACCAGGGGACAGUGGAACGAGGACCUUUUCCCCUCCCCCAGCUCCGCCUGGAACCCCGUGUUCCUUUUAGGCAGUUCCAGUUGAAUGACCAAGAUGGAAAAGAAAGCAGGCUGGGAAUGAGUCGCCCAGUCCGUCCACUGAGGCAGCUGGUGGAGCGGGCUCCACGGCCCACCAUCAUCAACGCGGAGAACCUGAAGGGCCUGGACGACCUGGACACCGACGCCGACGACGGCUGGGCAGGCCUCCACGAGGAAGUGGACUAUUCUGAGAAGCUGAAGUUCAGUGACGACGAAGAGGAGGAAGAAGUGGUGAAGGACGGCAGGCCAAAGUGGAACAGUUGGGACCCUAGAAGGCAGCGACAGUUGUCAAUGAGCUCUGCAGACAGUGCCGAUACCAAGCGUACCCAAGAGGAAGGAAAGGACUGGGGCGAAACAGUGGGCAUGAUCCGGGCCGUCCGGAAGGGGGCAGAAUCUCAGCCACCUUCCAGGAAGCUUCACAGCUGGGCGCCAGGCCCUGACUACCAGAAGUCCUCAAUGGGCAGCAUGUUUAGGCAACAGUCUGUCGAAGACAAAGAGGACAAGCCACCCCCGCGGCAGAAAUUCAUCCAGUCAGAGAUGUCGGAGGCCGUGGAACGAGCCCGGAAGCGCCGGGAGGAGGAGGAGCGUCGUGCCCGGGAAGAGAGGUUGGCUGCCUGCGCCGCCAAACUCAAACAGCUGGACCAGAAGUGUAAGCAGGCUCAGCGGGCCAGCGAGGCCCAGAAACAGGUGGACAAGGAAGUCCCCCGGUCUCCGAGCACCGAGAAGGGGCCCUCACAGGAGAACGGCCCUGCUGUCCGCAGAGGCUCCCCUGAGUUCUCUGCCCAGGAAACUCCCAACACGUUUUCAGAAGAAGCCCCCGCAGCCCCUGCAGCUGUGGCUCAGAGCGGCAGCAGUGACGAGGGGGCCGGGGAGGCUGGGUCCCCUGCACAGGAGUUCAGCAAGUACCAGAAGUCACUUCCCCCCAGGUUCCAGCGCCAGCAGCAGCAGCAGCAGCAGCAGCAGCAACAGCAGCAGCAGCAGGAGCAGUUGUACAAGAUGCAGCACUGGCAGCCUGUGUACCCCGCAGCCUCCCACCCGCAGCGCACCUUCUACCCGCACCACCCCCAGAUGCUGGGCUUCGACCCCAGAUGGAUGGUGAUGCCUUCGUACCUGGACCCCCGGGUCACACCCACGCGGACUCCGGUGGACUUCUACCCCUCGGCCCUGCAUCCCUCUGGACUGAUGAAACCCAUGAUGCCCCAGGAUUCCCUCAGUGGGACUGGCUGUCGCUCUGAGGAUCAGAGCCGCGUGACCCCACUGCAAGAAAGGAAAGUGACCACCAUCGACUCAGCCCCUGUGUGGAGCCCUGAGGGCUACAUGGCGUUGCAGGGCAAGAGCUACUCGCUUCCCCACCCGAAAGCCAGCGACACUUUGGCCAUGGACAUGCAUGUCAGGAAUGAAAGCCCUUACUCUGCCUCACCCGGAAGGCCAGGGGGCGUUUUAAGUGCACAGCGCAGUCUCCUUGAGGAGAGAGGGGACGAGCACCUGAGUGCUUUUGACAAGAAGGCCCAAACAGACUUUGACAGCUGUGUCUCUUCUCAAAGAAUAGGCCAGGAGCUUUUGUUUCCACCCCAAGAAAAUGUACAGGAAGCAGGUGCUCCUGGGGGUCACACCCCAAACCUCAGGUGUCCCCCACUAGAGCCCGACUUUGCCCCAGCUGAGAAAAAGCCAGACUAUAGCAAUUGGGACGUUAGCCACCAGCCCAAGGCCACUGACACAGCCAACGGUGUUGAGAAGGAGGCGCCCCGGGAGGAGCCGUCCUUUGAUGUCUCCUCCUGGGAGAAGGAAGGGAGCCCCAGCAAGCAGCCGCCCCUGGAGCCUGAGUGGACUCCUGAGCCCCGGGGCCAGCACCAGCACCAGGAGCAGACCGGCAGGACCCGGAGGUCGGGCCCCAUCAAGAAACCCGUCCUAAAAGCCCUCAAGGUGGAAGACAAGGAGAAGGAACUGGAGAAGAGUAAACAGGAGCUGGGGGAGGAGAACACCUGCCUGGCCCAGGAGAACGCUCCAGUUCAUCAGGCCGGAAAGGACGAGGGUGAGGAGAACAGCCCCACGCCAGCCAACUCCCCGCCCUCCGCCUCGGGGGAACAGGGCUUGGCCCGUGUUCAUUUGGGCCGCGAGGCCAGCAAGUCUGAGGAGGACGAGAAGCCCGACAGGGCCUGGGAGACCAGACCCCCCCGGGAGCCCAGUGAAACGCCCCCAACGAAGAGGAAUAACUGGAUUUUCAUUGACGAGGAGCAGGCCUUUGGGGGCAGAGGGCAGGCCCGGGGCCGUGGCCGUGGUUUCAGAGAAUUCACUUUUCGUGGCCGGCCUGCUGGCAGCAGCGGCCCCAGCAUCUGUGGUGGUGGGGUCCUUGGGGCGCGGGGCGUCUACACCAACAGCCAGAGAAGUGGCCGAGGCCGGGGCCUGCGAGAGUUCAGCCAGCCGGAGGACUUCCCCAGAGCUAAGCCCCGGCGACGCAUUGCCAGCGAGACCCACAGUGAGGGCUCUGAGUACGAAGAGCUGCCCAAGCGGCGUCGGCAGAGGGGCUCGGAGAACGGCAGCGAAGGCCCACUACUGGACCGGGAGGAGGGCGCCUUGAAGAAGGGCGACUUCAAAGACUCCUGGCGGUCCAACAAGAUGUACUCCGAGGAGCACAGUGGUCCGGAUGCGAAGACCCGGGGCCCGCGGGCCUUCGGACGUGCACUGCCUCCCCGGCUGAGCAAUUGUGGGUAUGGGCGGCGAACCUUUGUGUCCAAAGAGUCAGCCCACUGGCAGAGCAAGAGUCCCGGCGCCUGCUGGCAGGAGUGCGGCCCUCCCGAUGCAUGCGGCUCCCGGCGACCCACAGACAGAGACUACGUCCUGGAUGCCUACAGGCACUCGGACUCGUUUAGUGCCAGGGGCUUCGAGGACAAGAGGUCCUUCUUCCAAGACGACCAUGUGGCAGAUUCUGAAAACGCAGAGAACCGGCCAUUCAGGAGAAGGCGCCCCCCGCGCCAGGACAAACCCCCUCGCUUCAGGCGCCUCAGGCAGGAGCGGGAAUCCUUGGGCCUGUGGGGGCCUGAGGAGGAACCCCACCUGCUGGCGGGUCAGUGGCCGGGCAGGUCCAAACUCUGUCCUGGGGACAAGAAUGGCAUUGUGGGCCACAGGUCCCCCGAGCUCUCCUACCAGAACUCCUCCGAUCACGCCAAUGAAGAGUGGGAGACAGCCUCCGAGAGCAGUGACUUCAGCGAGCGGCGGGAGCGGCAAGAGGGCCCUGGGGCCGAGCCAGGCUCCCAGGUGGGCGGCAGCCUGCCCGGGGCCAAUCUGGGGGAGAAGAAGGAGCUGGCCAAGCGGAGCUUCUCCAGCCAGAGGCCCCUGGUGGACAGACAGAGCCGGAAGCUGGAGCCGGGAGGGUUUGGGGAGAAGCCUGUUAGGCCAGGUGGUGGUGACACUUCUCCCCGUUAUGAGAACCAACAGAAUGGGACGCCUUUGAAAGCCAAAAGGUCCCCGGAUGAGGCCUUACCAGGAGGCCUUGGGAGCGGCCACUACACCCUGGAGCGGGCAGCCCAUGCCACCUCAGACAUCUCCGAAGCCUCCUGUGAAAAGGCAGAGAAGGAGGCCAAGCUGGCUGCUCAGAGGGCAGGGGAGCAGGGAGAGACCAUGAAACAGUUUGACCUGAACUAUGGAAAUUCCAUCAUUGAGAAUUGCGGGUCCAGCCCAGGGGAGGAGAGUGAGGUGGGCUCCGUGGUGGGCGAAGGCUUCAUCGAAGUCCUCACCAAGAAGCAGCGCCGCCUGCUGGAGGAAGAGAGGAGGCGGAAGGAGCAAGCUGUGCAGGUGCCUGUCAAAGGUCGAGGUCUUUCCUCCCGUAUUCCUCCUCGGUUUGCGAAAAAACAGAACAGCUUGUGCCUGGAGCAGGGUGAUGUGACUGUGCCUGGCAGCAGCCUGGGCACCGAGAUCUGGGAGAGCAGCAGCCAAGCCCUCCCCGUUCAGGCCUCCACCAGUGACUCCUGGACUAAAGCCGCCACUGCCUUCAACAGCACCGAGUCUGGCUCUGCCGAGCAGGGUUUGAAGAGCAGUCAGGGGGAUAGUGGCGUGGACCUGAGCGCCGAGUCCCGGGAGUCGUCCGCCACUUCCUCACAGCGCAGCUCCCCGUACGGCACUCUGAAACCGGAGGAGCUGGGCGGGCCUGGCCUGGACCCCAAGACCGACAGCCACAAGGAGCAGGCUCAGAAGCAGCCUGAGCCAAAGGAUUCAGAACAAGGCUCAGGACAGAGCAAGGAGCACAGGCCUGGACCCAUUGGCAAUGAGCGUUCUCUGAAAAACAGAAAGGGCUCGGAGGGGGCUGAGCGGUUGCAAGGGGCCGUCGUCCCGCCUGUGAACGGGGUGGAGAUUCACGUGGACUCUGUGCUGCCGGUGCCGCCCAUCGAGUUUGGAGUCAGCCCAAAAGAUUCCGACUUCAGCUUGCCACCGGGCUCUGCCUCUGGUCCCGCAGGGAAUCCAGUUGUCAAGCUCCAGGACGCCUUGGCCAGUAAUGCCGGGUUAACACAGAGUAUUCCCAUCCUCCGGCGCGACCAUCACAUGCAGAGGGCUAUCGGCCUCUCCCAGAUGUCCUUCCCCACCGCCGACCUCACUCUGAAGAUGGAGUCUGCGCGCAAGGCUUGGGAAAACUCGCCCAGUUUGCCGGAGCAGAGCUCUCCAGGAGGCGCUGGCUCGGGCAUACAGCCUCCGUCCUCUGUGGGCGCCUCCACCGGGGUCAACUACAGCUCCUUCGGCGGAGUGUCCAUGCCACCCAUGCCUGUGGCUUCUGUGGCACCUUCCGCUUCUCUUCCAGGCAACCACCUGCCACCUCUGUACCUGGAUGGCCACGUGUUUGCAAGUCAGCCCCGGCUGGUUCCUCAGACGAUACCUCAGCAGCAGAGUUACCAACAGGCUGCCGCUGCCCAGCAGAUCCCGAUCUCCCUUCACACGUCUCUGCAGGCCCCGGCCCAGCUCGGACUGAGGGGCGGGCUCCCGGUCUCCCAGUCCCAGGAGAUCUUCAGCUCCUUGCAGCCCUUCAGAUCUCAGGUGUACAUGCACCCUAGCCUGUCACCGCCCAGCACCAUGAUCCUUUCUGGAGGCACAGCCUUGAAGCCUCCGUACUCGGCGUUCCCCGGCAUGCAGCCCUUGGAGAUGGUGAAGCCCCAGUCCGGCUCCCCCUACCAGCCCAUGAGCGGAAGCCAAGCCCUGGUCUAUGAGAGCCAGCUCGGCCAGCCUGCCGGCCUGGGCGCCUCUCAGAUGUUGGACGCCCAGCUCCCACAGCAGCUGACGAUGCCCCUGCCUGGCUCCCAGCUGCCUCUGCCUCGGUACGGCUCCGGGCAGCAGCCCCUGAUCCUGCCACAGUCCAUCCAGCUGCCGCAGGGGCAGAGCCUGUCUGUCGGGGCCCCCCGAAGAAUUCUUCCACCCGGAUCCCAGCCUUCGGUCCUUAACACCAGCAGAGAGUCCUCUCAGAUGGAGAUGAAGGGCUUCCACUUUGCCGACAGUAAACAGAAUGUUCCUUCAGGAGGCUCCGUGCCGUCACCACAGACCUACAGGCCUAGCUCUGCUAGCCCCAGUGGGAAGCCCUCUGGAUCAGCAGUUAACAUGGGCUCUGUGCAGGGACACUACGUUCAACAGGCAAAACGAGUGGAUGAAAAACCCAGCCUGGGAGCCGUGACACUGCAGGAGGCCCCCUUGGCCGCCUCCCAGAUGAAGCGAACCGGAGCCAUCAAGCCUCGGGCGGUGAAAGUGGAGGAGAGCAAGGCCUGAAGGUGCUCGGCCAGCCACGCCUCACCCCAUGAGGACAGUGCCGCCACUCUGGCUCAGCGCCCAGGAUGCUUAGAAUCUCAGCAGACCUGCCGUCCACCUGCCUCCAUCCUCCUGGCCCGGACUGAGAGACUCCCUUCUCCUCUCCACUCCCGAAAGCUCCGUUGUCCAGCCAGCUUGCACCGUGGACCUGUGGCGUUGACCUGCUUGCUUUAAUACGAAACAAACGGCUCCCUUCCCGUCUGCUUUCCACCCGCCCUGACAGUGAUGGCAGAGUAGCCUCCCGCCCUGCCCCCUCGGUCCUGCUGCUCAGCCAGGGUGCGCUUGGCAGUGCUUCCUCCCCUCCCGGCCCCAGCACAGUGGUUUGGCAGCAGGGUCUUUAGGUUGAGGCUUUUUGUUUUAAAAAGCAUCCAAGGUUUUUACAAAGGAGAAAGGAAAAGAAAACAAAACGCAAGCUAUGUGUGUGCAGCUGGACUUUUCUCUGUUCUCCGCCAGCCUUUCCCUGAGCCCUCUUCUGUCCCAGCAGUUUCUUUAACCCCUCUACUGUUUGGUUUGAUACAUCACUGCGCGGUACCUUAAGAGAUGACUCGUGUGUCCCCUCCUGCCCUCUUGGUGGUUAAACUUGGAGGGCGUUUGUGAAAGGAAGAGGUUACUUAAGACACAGCCCGUGAUGUUCUGAGGUCCAGCUGCGUGCUCUCAAGCAGUGGCAGGAGCGGUAAGGGGGGCUUGGGUCUCAGCUGGGUUCCAGCUCCUGGCCCGAUGACCGCAGGGAGCUCACAGGGAGCCCGAUGCCGUUCAGCAUAAGAAUCACACAGAAUUUCCGUCCUGGACUCUUCUAAAGCUGGUGGAUACGCUGACUGCUGGCCCCGGAGGUGAAUCAUGGAGAUACAAAGUCACUGGUCUUUUCUGGUUUGGCCUGGACAGUGCGAGCUGAUAGCACCACAGGCCAUCAGCGUCUCUGUUUGUGCGGCUCCAGCACCUGCAGGGUCUGCUGUUCCCACACGCACCCCUUUGCUGCAAGCCUUCCAUAGUAUGCCCUUCUCCUGCCUUCUUCCCGAGCCUCUUCCUCGGCAGGCUCCUGGUCCUCCACCCCUCACGCAGCUACUGACUAGAAACCAUGAGGUAUGUCUCCGGGGUGACAGGUGUGCACAGACGGCGUGUAAGGCUGCUGAUAGGGCUUCCUUUUUCUCCUGCUCUUUCCUAGCAGCAGACCCAGGCUGUUGGGACACAGGGGCCUGAGCCAGGGCAGGGUCCAAUGAGAGGGCGUGUUCAGGGCUGACGUGGUUCCAAACACAGAAAGGCCAGCCUCCUAGGUCUGCAGAGCCGCCUCUAGCAAAACGUUCGUGAGCCAUCGUAUGCUGAGUGUUUCUCAUUUGUUUUUAAAAUAAGAACUAGAAGGAAAUCAUCCCAGAUUCUGUCAUUCCAAGGGAAGGGGAGGGGAUAGUUCAAGUUUCAUACAUGCCCUUCAGAUAGCUCAUCAGCCCUCUACGUAAAGGAGCUGCUGCCUGCACUGCUGGUGGAUCCAGGGAAGACCUGGCUUGGAGGACCAGCAGUCGGUGGGCGGGGAUGUGCCCCGCAGAGUCCACCCUCUGUCACCACAGGCGUGUGACAGCCAUUCAGACUGGGUUUCUGAGCUGUGUCCGGUGUAGAACAUGGGGAAAGCACCUUGGGAACUGCUGCCGUAACUCUUGGAGUUGCUUUUUACUGCUUGAAGGAAGUGGGGGAACAGCCCCCUAGCACAGGUUCCCGGCUCUCAUCCCGGCGUCAUCUGGAGAGGGCCAGUUCUCCUGCAAGAUGCUUUACUGCUUCAUCUGUGGCGUUGAGCUUUUCCUCUUUUGCCUCCACCCUGAGACCUUACUUUUUACCUGCUUGUCUUUUUUUUCUUCAUCUCCUGAUCUUUACUCUGAAGUCUCCACUCGAAGGGCUGCCCCCUCUCACCUGCUCCGUGUGCUCAUCUGCUCCGCCCUUCCUUCCCCUGCAGACGCCAACCGUUGUCUCAGACCAGCUGCCCCGGCUGUAGCCCCGCUCCCCUGCCUCCAUUGCCCGGAUGCCCCCGUGGGAGCCACACACUGCCGCCUGUGCGCUUAGAAAUACGGCCAGACCCCACACCUAAAUCCGGUGCACAAUGUACGUCCAAAGGAAAAAGGUUUUCUCAGUUUGAAAUCCACAGAACAGUCCUGGAUGCUGUUACAAACUCAAGAUAUGCCCUCCAGGUGAUCCUGCCAUCAGAGUGACAGUACUUCCUGUUUGAGAAAAAUUUAAAGGGUCACCUGUUCUCCAGCCCUUUUCUCUACCCAUGUCCUGUCCCCCCCCCCCAAUAAAAACAAAACACUAGAAUUUAUUUAUAUGUAUUGAUGUUGUAGGUCUAGGUGAAGAAAAAGUACAUGUUUCACUGCUCUAUUUAUAUAUAAUGUCUGAAUUUUUCUGUGCAGGAAAGGCCAGGAAAUUGCAUGUGAAGUUCAGUGCUUUCACCACCUCUGUGUGCCCAAGCUGCAGUCUCUUUCCCACUAAGAUACAGGUUUUAAAUUGGAAUGUGGGGGCAGAGGGUAGGCCCCAAGGCCUGCCCAACACCCCGUCCCUUCCUUGGUCUGAUUAAAUGCAGUUUUUAGUGCAGAGAUGUUUGAAGGUGCAAUACCUCUCUUCCUUUCGUGUGGUUUUAGAGCCAAGCUCAACGUAAUAGGACUUAGGGUCUUAUUUUGGUUUCAAACCCUGUCCUCAGAUCACAGGUCCAUGCAGAGGCCUCUGCCAGGACGUCCUGGAGCCUUUGGCAGGAACAGGCGAAAACCUGGAGUUACCUUUCCUGUUGCUCAGGUGGAGGUGGUGUCAGAGCCCUCUGCACCUCUGCCUGCUAAAAUCGCCCUCCGUCCUGAUGCUGGCGGCUUGGCCCUGGCCAUUGACGGUUUAGCCCGUUGCUGGGCCACCAGUGGCCCUGCAGUAGUGUCUGUUCCUGUCAACUACUCGGGUGAGAUCCCAGAGGGGUUGUGUAUCCAAGAGGCGUCACCCACCCACUGAAGACCUCUCUGCCAGCUGUAUUUGGUCUGGUUUUCUUUACUGUUGUUACCCCCACCCCCCUUUAUCCACAUUAUUGUUUUCAAACUUGCAAAUCAUACACUUCUGGUUCUAGGUUCCUUAAGGGGGAAAACAAUAACUCACACAGAAAAAUCUGUCCGUUUUGAAAGCCGUGGUUUUUCCAGCCACUUGUAGGGAUACUGAGGUAUCUCGUUAGCUAUUGGUAUCUAUUCUCUCCAGCAGUGCCCUCGCCUCCUGCCUCCUGGAUCUGCCUUCUGGAUGGUGGAUGUUUGUGACGGAUGCUUAGAGCCAAGGAGGCUGAGCGUGUGCAGACGCGUGCACAGCUGGCCCACGGAGGCAGUGUGUGGCAAACUGGUCAAGUCCCCGCCCUGUUGAUUGGUUCCCCUCCACCAAGAAGCUGUACGCUGCCUCUCCUCUGUAUUUGUCCCUUUUCACUUGCAGAGCAAGCUUAGGUUUGAAGGUCGAUUGGAAAUGGCCUUCAACAAGCAAGGAUACUAAAGUGUUUGUGCUUGGUCAUGUUCUCUUGUGAAUGGCAAUGCAGACUCCUGAAAGCCAGCUCUUCCUGUUAGCACAUGUGAGAUGGACCUAAGACAAACACAUCAUAUGGAACAGGAGUGGGCUCGGUGCUGGGAUCAGACACUGUCCCCUGGCUGCACUCUCCACGGGGACCACCAGCGUGGAUUGGGCUAGUGAUCUUCCAGACGCGUCCAACCUGCUGUUCACCGUUACUCCACCCCAGUUGAGUGGCCUCCAAGAGGGUAGCAUCCCCAGGGCCCUGUCUUCAGCAUGUUACGAAUCCUCAGAGUAGAAAUUUCUAUUAAGGCUCUGUGUGGAUUACUUUCUUCCAUUGUUUAAAGGGGAUACUGUACUGUAAGCUUUUGACCUCAUGCCUUGCAUAGUAAAAAGGGUUUGGGGGGGGUGGGUUUUUCUUGAAGGGGGUUUUGUUUCCUUUUGUUUUUAUUUUGGCCUUUCCUCUCUGUGUCUUUUCAUGUAGACCAGAUAUUUGAAAGGGCAGACGAUGGCUAAAGGUGGAAUGUGCAGCUUGUUUAUACAUUAUUUUGGGGAAGCUUUUACCUAGGAUGGGAAAUGGUAUCAUGGAUUCACCAGGCCAUGGUGGCGCUCACCCUUCACCCUUUCCCUCCGAUUCAGUACCUAUUGUUUCUCCUUUCAAAUAUGUGAUUGUACUAGCUCUUUCCAUAAGAAAGGAUUCUCCUUAUUUAAAUAAAAAAAGUUAAAAAAAAACAAAAACAAACUAAAGCUGAA